UCCUCCCUUGCAUAAACUUUCCCGUCCCUGCGCCUGGCUCCGUGCGCGGACCCGGGAGCCCGCCGAGCUCCCCGCAUUCCUGCCGCCCUCCCCGGCCCCGGCCCCGGCCCCGGCCCCGGCCCCGGCCCGGCCCCGGCCCGGUCCCGGCACCCGCGGCCGGCCCAGCCCCUCCGGAGCACGGAGCAGGUUGUCGCGUGUCCGUGGGGGCUCGGGGUCGGAGCCCAGAGCAGCCAGCACCAUAGCGUCCAACAGCUGGAACGCCAGCGGCAGCCCCGGGGAGGGGCGGGAAGAUGGCCAGGACGGCAUGGACAAGAGUCUGGACAAUGAUGCCGAGGGCGUGUGGAGUCCGGACAUCGAGCAGAGCUUCCAGGAGGCGCUGGCGAUCUACCCCCCCUGCGGCCGGCGGAAAAUCAUCCUCUCGGAUGAGGGCAAGAUGUACGGUCGUAACGAACUGAUAGCCCGGUACAUCAAGCUGCGGACGGGGAAAACACGGACGAGGAAGCAGGUGUCCAGCCACAUACAGGUUCUAGCUCGGAAGAAGGUGCGGGAGUACCAGGUUGGCAUCAAGGUCUCUAGCCACUUGCAGGUUCUUGCCCGGCGGAAAUCUCGUGAGAUUCAGUCCAAGCUGAAGGCCAUGAACUUGGACCAGGUCUCGAAGGAUAAGGCUCUGCAGAGCAUGGCUUCCAUGUCCUCCGCGCAGAUCGUGUCGGCCAGCGUCCUGCAGAACAAGCUCAGCCCCCCCCCUCCUCUUCCUCAGGCCGUCUUCUCUGCUGCCCCCAGGUUUUGGAGUGGGCCUAUCCCAGGACAGCCUGGACCCUCUCAGGACAUUAAACCGUUUGCACAACCAGCUUACCCCAUCCAGCCACCCAUGCCUCCAUCACUAGCCAGUUACGAGCCCUUGGCUCCGCUCCCGCCAGCCGCCUCGGCCGUGCCGGUCUGGCAGGACCGCACCAUCGCCUCCGCCAAGCUCCGGCUCCUCGAGUACUCCGCCUUCAUGGAGGUGCCGCGGGACGCCGAAACGUACAGCAAACACCUCUUCGUGCACAUCGGCCAGACGAACCCCUCGUACAGCGAUCCGCUGCUGGAGGCCGUGGACAUCCGCCAGAUCUAUGACAAGUUCCCCGAGAAGAAAGGUGGCCUCAAGGAGCUCUAUGAGCGUGGCCCCCAGAACUCUUUCUUCCUCGUCAAAUUUUGGGCGGAUCUGAACAGCACGAUCCAGGACGGGCCAGGGACUUUCUACGGUGUCAGUAGCCAGUACAGCAGUGCGGAGAACAUGACCAUCACGGUUUCCACCAAGGUGUGCUCCUUUGGGAAGCAGGUCGUGGAGAAGGUGGAGACGGAGUACGCGCGGCUGGAGAACGGCCGGUUCGUCUACCGCAUCCACCGGUCUCCCAUGUGCGAGUACAUGAUCAACUUCAUCCACAAACUCAAGCACCUCCCGGAGAAGUACAUGAUGAACAGCGUCCUGGAGAAUUUCACCAUCCUGCAGGUUGUUACGAACAGGGAUACCCAGGAAACCUUGCUCUGCAUAGCUUUCGUUUUCGAGGUCUCCACCAGCGAGCACGGCGCCCAGCACCACGUGUACAAGUUGGUCAAGGACUAGAGGCCCUCGGGGACGGGCAGGGGCACGAGGGGUGCGCAGGGGAGGGAGGGGGCCGUGCAGAAAAGCCGCCCGUGCCCGUUGCCUCAUGAGAAGUCAUUUGAAGAGAGGAGGAGGAGGAGGAGGAAGGAAAACAAUAGCCAAAAAAGACUGACUUGCGAUCGCAGAUGUUUUCUACUUAGGAACGGUUUCUUUUUUUUUUUUUUUAAAUAAAUAAAAAAAAAAAAAAAAAAAAAAAAAAGAAGAAUGGGACAGGAAGCGUAGGGAGGAAGGAAACCCGUGUCUGGCGCUGCACGGGGAGAGACCGGCCCUCGGUGUCGCCGAUGAAGGCCAGGAGCCCGCCCUGCCGCCGCCAGCAGUGGGAUGUCAGAGUGGAGGAUGACCCCUCCUUUCGCCCCCCCCCUACCCCACCCCCCCCACCUCGCUCAGAUGGGGUCCCGGUCCUGAGCGGAGAGGAGCGAGCACGGAUGGGCCGGAGGACGCAGCGACGUGGCAGGUCUGGUCCGAAACCGAUGGGCACGGCAGCGGCCGCGGCACCGGUGCUGCCUGGUGGAGCCUGGGUGACGGCGGGGACGGAGGUGCCGAGGAGGGAGCAGGUAGGAGCAGGGCAGGGCAGGGCGGUGGAGGGGGGUGCUGCCACCCCCCCCCAGGGACCGGCACCCGGGAUGCUCCUUCUCCGUGCCCGGCUGGGGCACCAGGAGCCGGCAGCGCUGAAGGCGGGAGGGCAUCAACGAUGCAAACCAUUUUUUUUUAUGGCUUGUUUUCUUUUUUUUUUUUUUUUUUUUUUUUUCUUUUUUUAAAUUAAAGUGCUUUUUAAUUCUUUUUAAAAAGGCACCGUGCUUGUAAUCAGGAUUAUGCCCCUCUGCAGUCUCUGGGACCUGCUCCCCUGUCACCCCGCCGUGCCAGUGACCGGAGGAGGUGACGCAGCGUAGUUUGCAGGGUCGGAGCAAAACUGCCGGGCGUGGGGAGCCGGCUUGGGCAGCAAAGGCUUGGGGGGUGUCUCCAUCUCUCUGGGGUCCCUGCAGACCCCCUGAGCUCUGCAUGUGCUUUCAGGGAUUGCACUUAGGGGUGGCCCAGGUUAAAUGUACCCGCUGUGGUCACUUGCUGAGGAGUAAUAAGGAGAGAGCAGUGAGGGUGGAUUUGCCUGAUGCUUUGCGUAUGUAUAUUUUCCUUUUUUUUUUUUUUUUUCCACACUCCCCCCCCCCUCCUUUUUUGCCUUUUUUCUGUGUUGACUGUUCUGUUUUCAGCUGCUCCCUGCAGCCGCUCCGGCCGGCUCGCCCGUAUCCCACGGGAAGCGGCCGGGGAGGUGGCUCGGGCAGGGGGGGAAGCACGUUGUGCAAUGCAGGGCCAGGCUGCAAGCGGGCAGAGUUUGGGACAGAGGAGAGGGGACAGAGGACAGGAGGGACGCCAGGACAGGGGACUGGGUCUGCUUGGAGGUUUUUUUUUUGCGGCUGCAGCCCAAAAUAAGCCAAGGCAGCGUGGCCCUGAUCCUGAGGCUGUGUCUGCAAGGGCAAACCCUGGGGAGAGCAUCCCCAGGGCGCAGGAAGGAUGCAGAGGGACAGAGGUUGGGUUUGGCGGCGGUGGCACGGAGCAGGGUGGCCGGGGGCUGGCAGGGGGACGGGGAGCCUGAGAUGGGCAGGUCUGGCCGGGUUUCUUGUGCGGGUGGGGAGCGAAGGCAGCGGGAGGUGCAGAGCCAGGUGCUGCGGGAGGGCAGGAGUGGUUUGAGGGGUGCUGGAGCCCAGGACAGGGAGGGGGGGACAAGGGGGAGUUUAGGCUCGAUGCUGCUGGGUGUGGAGAGGCAGGAACGGCCCCAGAGCUCAGGAAAGGGCCUUGGCUGCCAUCGCGGUGCCAUUUGUGUCCCGCAGGGCUCGGGGACUUCGACCUCUCGUUGCUGGGAGAAGCCACCCAUCCCCGCGGGACGGGGCAGAGGCACCCCGGCCCCGCGCCCGGGACGGGGCUUGGUGGUGGGGCUGGACGGCCGCGGCGAGCCGGGGUGGCCGGAGCUGGGGGGAAAGAGAGAUGGAAAAAUCCAGGGAAAAGCACCAGCAUCCCAUCCCAGCGCUGUGCCGGGGCCGCCCGGCCUAGUUCUCCUAUGUAGCAUGUUUGUUGUUUUGUGUUUCUUUUUCUUUCUUUCGUUUCACUCACUGAUCUAAAACUCUGGGAAUGAAAAUUCAAAAUUUCCCUGCCAUAAAACACAGGUGUGCCCUGCUCCCGGCCCUGCCGGGGGAUGAAGCUCUUUGUUAACUGGACCGGUUUGUGCCUCCAUCCCUGCAUCCCUCCAUCCCGCCUGCACCCAGCCUCGGGGCGCCCACCCGCACCCCACGCACACGCUGCCUGGUGCCCCCAACACCCCUGGCCAGGGUUUAGCCACAAUCCCAGAGACACUUUCUCAACCUCCCCCCCCAGCCCCUCCGUUCUCCUCCAGUGUAUUUAUGAAUUUCACAUGAAGUACUGUUUUAUUUUUUUAAAGACUUUGUAAAGCUUACCAGGGUUACAAUCACCAUUUUUAGAGCUGUGUCAGUCCACAAUGUUAAAAAUCCAUUUUUUUUUAUGUAUUAUAUUUUUUGUGUAUUUUUUUUUUAAUCCAGCUGUGAUGGGUUGUAUCAUAUAUUUGUUGUGUUUACUGUAUCUGUCCAACUUCAAAGAGAGGAGACUGUGGAGCUCCAAGAAAACUACGGUCUGCUGAAAAAAAAACAUUAAAAUUAUUUGUUCAUGGGUUGGCUCAA